ACUUCACUUUAUAAACAAAAGAAAAUUUUAUCGAAAAUAUUUUGAUUCACAUAACAAGACACCAAUUUCAUUUAAUAAAAAAUCUAAAAUUCCAAUUUUCCUUUAAAAAACAUUAAAUUAUCUAUAAUCGAAUGAAUGUCUAAAAUGCCCGUCGACAUAAAUCGCUUAACCGAUGGCUGGUUAGAGCUUGAAAGUGACCCCGGUCUUUUCACUCUCUUAUUAGAAGACUUUGGCGUCAAAGAUGUCCAAGUCGAAGAAGUCUACGAUCUUCAAAAGCCCAUCGAAGGUCCAGUCUAUGGUUUUAUUUUUCUCUUCCGAUGGAUUGAGGAGCGUCGUGCUCGAAGAAAAAUCGUUGAAACCACUGAGAUUUUCGUUAAAGACGAAGAAGCUGUAAGUAAUAUAUUCUUUGCCCAACAAGUUGUUCCCAAUAGCUGUGCAACGCACGCUUUACUCUCCGUUCUACUCAAUUGCAAUGACUUGCCAUUGGGAGAGACACUGAAUCGCUUAAAAGUCCAUACAAAAGGUAUGUGUCCUGAAAACAAAGGUUGGGCAAUUGGUAAUACCCCAGAACUUGCCUGCGCCCAUAAUUCUCACGCCAUGCCGCAGGCUCGGAGGCGUUUAGAUAAAAGUAGUGGAGUGACAACAGGUCGAUUUACUGGCGAAGCUUUUCAUUUUGUCAGUUUUGUGCCUAUUAAUGGGCAUUUGUUUGAAUUGGACGGCUUGAAGCCGUUUCCCAUGGAUCAUGGUCCAUGGGAUGAGAAUGAAGAUUGGACGGAUAAAUUCCGUCGCGUGAUGGCAGAACGGCUGGGUAUAUCCACUGGGGAGCAGGAUAUUCGCUUUAAUUUGAUGGCGGUGGUCCCCGAUAGAAGAAUUGCCGUGACUCAUAAACUUAAGAUGCUUCGCACGAAUCAGGCAAUAGUUUCGGGUACUUUACAGAAACUCCUUAAAACUAAUGAUGAAGCUAGUAAUGAAGACAAAAAAGAUGCAAAUGGCGAGAUAAGGAGUACGUCUCCAUCGUUGCUUGAAUCGAAUGCAUUUACAGCUCGCGAUUUGCAGUCUCUUCUCAAAAAUCUAGACUCGGAAAUUGCCAUCAAUGAACAGCAUCUAAAUGAUGAGAAUGACAAGCGAUACAUGUUCAAGGUUGACGAUUGUCGUCGAACGCACAACUACGAUGAAUUUAUUUGUACGUUUCUCUCCAUGCUCGCACAUCAAGGUUUCCUAGGUGAGUUGGUAAGUCAGCAUUUGUUGCCUUCGAAGAAAAUUACUGGACAAAAUGCUGUUAGCAGACUCAGCAGACAAGUGUCGAAUAGUAAGAAGAAUGGUAAAUCACCAAAGCCACCUGGUCGUCGGCGAAAGGGUCGCAACAAAUGCAAGAAACGAAAGUGAGGUCUGAUAAUGAAAUUCUAAUAAAAUAUUAUAUGGCUUAAUAUUAGUAAUUGUAGAGUUGUUCCAUUAAGAUUAAGAACUAAACAAUCAAUAAAAUGUUUACAAUAUUUAAUCUAGGAA